UCCUUUCCCAAUCUGCUAAGGCAAAAAUUUGGCUAACGAGAAUAAAAUUAUGGAAACAAGCAUGUUUUGUGUACACUCAUCAAAGAGCUUACAGCUCUAAAUCCUUCCUUACUAAUGAAAGGAGCCUCCAUUUCGGUUAUUUCCCCUUAGGCCCGUGUCAUCAGCAAAUUUUGGCUUUGCCGCCUCUGAUUUUAUUCACUUAUCGUCCAAGCAGCUGUCUUGCUCGGUUCCCCCCUGCAACCCGUUCAAGCUGUGCGAUAUAAGGUUAGUUUGCGCCAAUUUCUAGAAAGUUCCGACCUUUUUCUCGCGCCGUCGCCGUUGUCACUCACUGCCAGUCUUCCCUGGUUCCAUAGCUACUCCCAGAACUCCACCACCUCACCAGUCACCAUCAGACUGCUUAUAUACGAAGCCAACGAGCCGAUUCCAAGACAACCAUGGCUCUGCCUCUGUUGAGUGGUAGCACGAAGGGCUUGAGUUCACGAAAUGACAUUUUGCAACGGGAAUAUACAAGGGAAAGACCGUCUAUGCCCCGCCUGGCACGUUCAAUUCUUGUUUUAAGAAGAGAUGGUAGCAGUGGAUUGAGAUGUUUAGAUGCUUGCAGUAAGAAUUAUCCUUUGUCAAUAAGCAAUCAAAAGAGACUUUUAUACACCCACCCAAGGAAGCAGUUUUUCUUGACUUCUGCCUUGGGAGAUAAUAUCAUCUCUGGAGGUUCUAGCGGAGAGGAGGCCUUUGAGUUAAGUAACACUAUUUCUUCUGAAACCAAUGGAAUUGGAAAUCAAUUGGCAGACUCUACUGCUGCUUCAAGUCACUCGCGGGACAUAAAACGUGAACUAAUUUCGCUCUCUUUGCCAGCACUUGCUGGUCAGGCCAUUGAUCCUCUGGCACAGUUGAUGGAGACUGCAUAUAUUGGCCGCUUGGGCUCUGUGGAGUUGGCUUCUGCUGGUGUUUCUAUAUCACUUUUUAAUGUCAUUUCAAAACUAUUUAACAUUCCCCUACUCAGUGUUGCAACCUCGUUUGUGGCUGAAGAUAUUGCAAAGAGUGAAACUGGAUUUUCCCCAUCAGAAGGGGAUGAAGGUACCAAGAGUACACAUUUCAAUGGAAAAACAGAGCGGCUUCAGCUUUCUUCUGUUUCCACAGCAUUACUUUUGGCAGUUGGCAUUGGCAUCAUUGAAGCUUUAGCUUUAUCCAUGGGAUCUGGUCCACUUCUGAGUUUAAUGGGAAUAUCACAUAGUUCACCCAUGCGAGCUCCAGCACAAAGAUAUUUGGUUUUGAGAGCUCUUGGUGCUCCAGCAUUCGUAGUAUCUUUGGCUCUUCAAGGCAUUUUUCGUGGUUUCAAAGAUACAAAGACUCCUGUCUUCUCUUUAGCUAUUGGAAAUGUUAUAGGUGUAUUUCUGUUUCCAAUACUUAUGUUUUACUUCCGUCUGGGUGUAUCUGGAGCAGCCAUGUCCAUUGUUUUAUCGCAAUACUUGGUAACUUUUUCGAUGCUUUGGUGUUUAAAUAAGAGAGCUGUGUUGUUGCCUCCAAAACUGGGAGGAUUACAGUUUGGUGGUUAUCUUAAAUCUGGUGGUUUUCUUAUUGGGAGGACACUUUCGGUUCUUUUCACGAUGACCCUUGGCACAUCAAUGGCUGCUCGCCAAGGUCCUGUAGCAAUGGCUGCCCACCAAAUAUGCUUACAAGUUUGGCUGGCCGUCUCCCUGCUCACUGACGCACUUGCUGCAUCUGCACAGGCCCUUAUCGCCAGCUAUUCAUCAAAAGGUGAAUAUAGGAUUGUUAGGGAAAUCACGAACUUUGUUUUGAAGAUUGGAGUGGUAACUGGUGUCCUUUUAGCGGCUAUACUGGGUGUUUCUUUUCCUUCAUUGGCGCCAUUAUUUACUCAGGACAUGGAAGUGCUAGGGAUAGUCAAGACUGGUAUAUUGUUUGUGAGUGCCAGUCAACCAAUUAAUGCGCUGGCUUUUAUUUUUGAUGGUCUCCAUUAUGGCAUUUCAGAUUUUGCAUAUGCGGCUCGUUCUAUGAUGGUAGUGGGUGGAUUGUCAUCUUCAUUUUUGCUCUACGCUCCAAGAGUAUUUGGCCUUCCAGGUGUUUGGUUGGGCCUGACCCUCUUCAUGGCAUUGCGAAUGAUGACUGGUUUUAUAAGGAUUUUGUCAAAGGAAGGUCCUUGGUGGUUUCUGCACUGUGACAUGAGUAGUUUGAGGGGUCAUAAGUUCGCACCCUAAUUUCAGGCUUUUCAGCAGUCACUUGUUUCAUCAAUGAAGUUAAGAGUUCUAUUCCAUUUGGGUUGCUUGAUGAAUACCGCUCAGAGUACAGUUGACACUAACACCUUUCUGACAGUCACACCAAUUUUCUGCUAACGUUUGGGUUCACUUUAGUUUUUUUUUAUGACUUUACUCUACUGAAAGAGAGAGCUUUGCUCAGGACUAAAUCUUUAUUGUAUUGAUAUAACUUAUAAGUUUCUUAUUGUUGUUAUUGUAACGUUACUGCUUGAUGACUUCUUGUAUCACAAUAAGCUUCUUAUUUA